AUCAUGUUCAUCUUUGCCUCUGUAAUAUUUGUAUUCAUCUCAACACGUGUAUGUGAAUCUCGUCGAUGUGUAUUUGAUACAAGAUGUUAUUGCAUUUUACCUCCUGGAUCAUCACUGUAUAAAGUCGAUUGUUCUAACCGUGCAAUCAGAUAUAUUCCUGUCUUUCCUAAAAACGUAACGAGUAUAGAUUUAAGUUUCAAUAUGAUUACCACAAUUCCAGACUUUCAUUUCGCUAUGAAUAAUAUUCUACGUAACAUUUCAUUAUCUCACAACGGUUUGAACCGCUUAAACAGUCAUGCAUUUUCAGGUGCUUCCGAAAUUAACAGUAUAAAAGUAGACAAUAACAACAUUUCCAUGGUAUCCGCCGAAACAUUCCGAUUCCUACCAAAACUUCGAUACCUCGACCUGAAAAAUAACACAUUAAACUUUACGAAUUUAAAUUUUACAUACUUGUCCAAUCUUUCAUCACUCAGAAUUGACUUCUUUAAUACGAUUCAACUUCCAGUUGAACUCGCCAGUUUAACAUCUCUAGACAUUUCUGGGGAAUCGGGGAAGUGUGAAAUCAGAAAGCUGACUCCAGACACAUUUAGAUAUUUACCCGGAUUAAAUGAUCUUAAAUUAUCUGCAUGUAAAAUCAACCGUGUUUACAAAGGUACCUUUAGCCAUAUGAGAAGCUUAUUAGCUUUAGAUCUAUCGUUUAAUACAUGCCUCAAGUUCAGUGGAUUUGUAAAUGUGACGUACGAUUUGCCACAUUCAUCUAUUAAUAUUCUGAAGAUAAAUAAGAUUCAUAAAACGUUUGAAAUGAACACAAAACUAAAGAAAUCUCACGUUCGUUAUUUACGACAUACACACAUUACAGAGCUGCAUGUAGAUAGUAACAGGAUUCAACAAGUAGAAAAAGGCGUGAUACCAAUGCUUCCUUAUACACUCCGAAGAUUGUAUAUGUCAGAUAAUGUAUUUUCGUAUGGGGAUUACAUAUCAGAGUUUUUCUUAAUGCCAAUUUAUUUUGCUAACUUUUCACUACUAUUUAAUACCCAUAUGCCUGAUAAAGAGGAGACAUGUGAACAACAAUAUGAAGAACCAGCAGUCAAUCAACGUCAACAACAGGACGAAAUAUUUACAUUCGACAUUCAAUCAUUCCAUCGUUCAGAAAAACAACAAACAAAUUAUACGGUUAGUAAGUUGAACAAUGACGGUAAACUCCAAAAACAUGAUUUUGAAUCACUUGACCAUACGAAAUUUUUUCCUAUUCCUAGGCUCUUAAAAACAUUGAUUUACCGCCAGUGUCUACUUCGAUACGAAAUACCGAAUUUACGAUUUUCAGACAACACUGUUGAAUAUAUAGACGGUAGUUCUAAUAUUUUCUAUUCCUGGAUAGGACCUGUGUUACAUUUGAAUCAUUUGCGAUUUCUCAAUUUAUCAAACAACUUGUGUUCAUACGUAUCGAACGUAUUCUUCAUGAGUACACCAAAUCUACAAAUACUGCAUGUAGACAAUAAUUUACUUGGUUUCGUCCUACCUGAGGACGAUAAUGGAGAAAUAUUACAAUAUCUCAAUAAGCUAGAGGAAAUAAACUUGGCAUAUAAUAGAAUACCUAGCUUACCGUACAAGUUUUUCAAUUCACAAGUCUUGUUGAAAAAAUUAUCCCUUUCUGGAAACAUGUUAGAUGAAAUUUCAUUCAAAAUUAGCCAUAUGAUUCAUUUACGGCAUCUUGAUUUAUCGUACAACAGACUAUCGACCUUAUCGAAAGACAUUCGGAACCAUCUUGACAAGAUGGUGCAUACUAAUAUAAAAUUAGUAUUGGACUUAACAGGUAAUCCUCUCAAAUGUACGUGUGAAACUAUAGGAUUUGUAAAAUGGAUGUUCCAGACAGCCAUUAAGUUACAUAACCAAAGAGAAUAUCAAUGUAAACUGUCAAACGGAGAAAAGAUUUUCAUUCAAAACCCUUCCCGAAUGUAUGAAAAACUAAAAAAAGAAUGUUCAUCUUUCACUUCCUUAAUCAUUGGAACAGCAGUCGCCAUAUUGUUGCUUCUUGCAAUAAUUUCAUGGGGAAUAAUUUAUAGAUAUCGCUGGAAAUUGAGGUAUAUGUAUUACAUGGUGAAAAACAAGUAUCAUGGUCAACAAUCAAACACAUCUGCGGAAAACGAACGAAUAUAUGCGUACGAUGCCUUCAUAUCAUAUGCUGAUAAUGACAGAUUCUUUGUCCAUGAGCAGUUUCUAAAGAAGCUUGAAGAUGAAUCUGGAUUAAACCUGUGUUUGCAUAAAAGAGAUUUCCUCCCUGGGAACGAUAUAGCUGCGAACAUUACGACCGCCAUUCACGACAGUCGUAAAGUUGUUAUCAUAAUGUCACAACAGUUUUUAAAGUCUUAUUGGUGUAUGUUUGAAUAUAACAUGGCCAGAAUAGAAAGCAUUUACUCUAGAAAUAAAGAAAAUAUUUUGUUUCUUGUUUUCCUUGAGGAGUUGUCGCCUAAAGAUUUACCACUUAUGGUGUUAGAACAAGUACAGUCACAGUCAUAUAUAGAGUAUCCUCAUGAUGAAUACGGUAACGAGGUUUUCUGGAAUAAAUUAACAGAAGUUUUGUCGUGACGUCAGUAUGCAUGUGUACGAAAAAUAGUUAUAAUUCAUCAAGAAUGGACUAUUUGAAUGUGAACAUUAUAAUAUAUUGAACUUGGGGUUCCAGUUUAUUAGUCUGUCAUUUAAAUGAAAAGAUAGAAAGAUCGUA